UGCCGGAGAGGACAGGCGUGUUAUUGUGUAAACGCCAUCCCUUUGCCUUUCUCUGUCCUCACUCCAUGGUGCCACUGCAGUGGAGCUUUUUUAACAAGCUUUGCGCAUGGCCCCAAAUGCUCUGACCUCUGCUUGGUGGAUCUACCCGCGGAUACAUUAAGGAACAUACUUGCCUUUGCCUCAGUAUCUGGAGAUUUGUGGAAAUGAGCAUCCCCUCCUUUGAAAUCUUGAUCAUGCUACAAAACUCACUAACUCUUAAAAAGGUAGUUGCAAUUUGGAUGUAGACGCCUGCGCGCUUGCAGCAGCAAGUGGCCUGAGACGUUAUAGUACCGACCGGUCAGAUCUGAUGCCCCGAUGAGAGAUCUCGUUGACACAGCGGCUGCCAUGGCUCACCAUCCUUUCCAAGCUCAUCGACCAGGUGCCUUGCCCUUGUCAGCCUUCUUUACCGCCGCUCAGCCCUCGUUUCUCCCCGCACAGACUUUCCCAGACGUCUCCUCCCUGUCCGAGCCUCUGUCGGAGCAGGCUGCCUCUGACUCGGGGCUGCACGCAGCUCUGGGACGCCGACAUCAGCCAGCUCACCCGCGGUCCUGGAAGAGCCUGCAGUCAGAAGAAGGGCUGGAUGAUGACCCGAAAGUCACACUGGACUCGAAGAAUUUAUGGAAUGAAUUUCACAAAAGGGGAACUGAGAUGGUUAUUACAAAAUCAGGAAGGAGGAUGUUUCCGUCUUUCAAAGUGCGGGUAGACGGGCUGGUUGAAACAGCAAAGUAUAUCCUGCUGAUGGACAUUGUCGCUGUUGAUAACUGCCGCUACAAGUUUCACAACUCCCGCUGGAUGGUGGCUGGAAAAGCUGACCCGGAGAUGCCAAAGCGCAUGUACAUCCACCCAGACAGCCCGGCCAAAGGAGAGCAAUGGAUGAGCAAGCCCGUUGCUUUUCAUAAACUCAAACUCACAAAUAAUAUUUCGGAUAAGCACGGAUUUACAAUUUUGAAUUCAAUGCAUAAAUACCAACCCAGAUUUCACAUUGUGAGAGCCAACGACAUAUUGAAGCUUCCAUACAGCACCUUCCGGACUUACGUUUUCCCGGAGACGGAGUUCAUCGCUGUCACUGCGUAUCAGAAUGAAAAGAUUACGCAGCUAAAAAUCGACAACAAUCCUUUUGCCAAAGGAUUCAGAGACACUGGAAAUGGGAGACGAGAAAAGAGGAAUAAGCAGUUAACCAUUUCUUCGCUGCACGAGAACCAAAGCAAAGCGGACCUGGACUGUGCUGAUUCUGAUGACUCAUGUGAACAACCCAGUACCAGUGAAUCGUUUUAUUCCCCUGGGGAUCUGGUGAGCAGCCCUCUGAUGUCCACGCCAACCUGUCAAGAUGAGAACAAUAUUGGAAGUGAUUCAGAUAUUGAUUUACAAGAUGAGGACAUUGCUGAAGCCAGCCCUUCCAGAACUAAACAUAUGUCUACUUUGAGUGAGAAGAGCGAGGAGAUACUGUGGAACAAGUCUGCUUUCAGUAAGAGUAACAACAGUCACGACACAACAAAAGAAAGAACAGUGUUUAGAACGUCGGAUGAUAUGUACCUUAUGGAGAUUGAUUCUUCAAAAAAGCACGUGAGCGGAAUCAAAGGUGUCCUGCCUAUGAUGUUACAAAUGCAGAGCUCAUCAUCCCUCGGGGAUGGUCACCUUCAGACUUUGGAUUUCUCAAGUGCGCUCAGCCAACAGUUUCUUAAGCUCGGGGCACCUUUGCUGUUUCAUCCUGGACAGUUGUCAGUGAAGCCAGAGGCGUUUUCCACCACGGGUAUGGGACACCUGUUUUCUUCUUUGCCCGGAGUAAAUAAUCUAGAAAAUGGAGGCCUUUCUUCUCAAAGCAUCACCUCUCCAUCUCCCUUCAUGUUUCACCUGUCACAGCACAUGCUGGCAUCUCAGGGAAUCUCACCCUUUGGAGGAUUGUUCUCCUAUCCAUACCGCUACAUGGCAGCACCAGCUACAAUUGCUCCAGCUCUCCCCACCAGUUUUGCAACCUCUACGCUGGCUAGAAACCACUGUUUCCGCAGCUCUCGGUCAUGGUUGCGAUUCAGCCCUUAUCAGAUCCCCACCUCUGUCACCUCAAGCCAAAACCUGCUUACAUCCAGAUUGCUUGGCAGUUCAAACUUACAGUCUGAGCUGUCCAAAUCAGGGAGCAGAGAGUCAAGUCCAGUGUCUGACAAUCACAGCCACAAAACCAAGCCCAAGCAGAAGACUGCUCCACCGAAAAACAUUGUUGAGGGUUCCAUUAAUGCAAAACAUACAUAAUGCAGUUAGAGGACUUGAUGAAUGACUUCACCACAAUAGACUCUCCAAUAUGUUGAUGUCGAUUUUCAUCCUACACGUGGUGGAUACUGGAUAAUGGACACGCAAGUUUAUGAAGUUGCACAUAAUAAUCACCUAAAAUAACUAUUUUGCUAGAAACUGCAUGUGUUUCUGGUAUUUAACUUGUCAUCAUAACAUCAGUAAACCUGCCUAAUAACCACUGAUUUGGUGAGUUGCAGUUCACAAGACACCUACACAUAUACACCGAUCAGCCAUAACAUUAUGACCACUGACAGGUGAAGUGAAUAACACUGAUAAUCUCGUUAGCAUGGCACUUGUCAGUGGGUGGGAUAUAAUAGGCAGCAAGUGAAAAUUUUCUCCUCAAAGUUGAUGUGUUAGAAGUAGGAAAAAUGGGCAAGCGUAAGGAUUUGUGCGACUUUGACAAGGGCCAAAUUGUGAUGGCUAGACAACUGGGUCAGAACCUCUCCAAAACUGCAGCUCUUGUGGGGUGUUCCCGGUCUGCAGUGGUCAGUACCUAUUGAAAGUGGUCCAAGGAAGGAAAAGCGAUGAACCGGCGACAGGGUCAUGAACGGCCAAGGCUCACUGAUGCUCGUGGGGAGUGAAGUGUGGUCCGAUCCAACAGAUGAGCUACUGUAACUCAAAUUGCUGAAAAAGUUCAUGCUGGUUUUGAUAGAAAGGUGUCAGAACACACAGUGCAUCGCAGUUUGUUGCGUAUGGGGCUGCAUAGCCGCAGACCAGUCAGGGUGCGCAUGCUGACCCCUGUCCACUACCGAAAGCGCCUACAAUGGGCAUGUGAGCAUCAAAACUGGACCACGGAGCAAUGGAAGAAGGUGGCCUGGUCUGAUGAAUCAUGUUUUCUUUUACAGCACAUGGAUGGCCGGGUGCGUGUGCAUCGCUUACCUGGGGAACAAAUGGCACCAGGAUGCACUAUGGGAAGAAAGCAAGCCUGCAGAGGCAGUGUGAUGCUUUGGGCAAUGAUCUGCUGGGAAACCGUGGGUCCUGCCAUUCAUGUGGAUGUUACUUUGACACGUACCACCUACCUAAGCAUUGUUGCAGACCAUGUACAUCGUUUCAUGGAAACAGUAUUCUCUGAUGGCAUUGGCCUCUUCAGCAGGAUAAUGCGGCCUGCCACAAAGCUAAAAUGGUUCAGGAAUGGUUUGAGGAACACAACAAUGAGUUCAAAGUGUUGACUUGGCCUCUAAAUUCCCCAGACUUCAAUCCAAUUGAGCAUCUGUGGGAUGUAAUGGACAAACAAGUCCAAUCCAUAGAGGCCUCAACUCGCAACCGGACUUAAAGGAUUUGCUGCAAACGUCUUGGUGCCAGAUAUCACAGCACACCUUCAGAGGUCUAGUGGAGUCCAUGCCUCGACGGGUCAGGGCUGUUUUGGCAGCCAAAGGGGUACCUACACAAUAUUAGGCAGGUGGUUAUAAUGUUAUGGCUGAUCGGUGUAUGUUAACACUAGGCUUAAUUAUAUUUACUAUAUUUCAGUGUGAAGCAGGUUCUAACUACAUGUUAGAAUAUAGUAAUUUCAAUGUGUUUGAAACAAUGGUUAUAUGUAACGUAGAAAACAUUUUCACUUCUUCAACCAAAUUUAGCUCAGGUUUAACUUAGACAUCGGGGUGUCUUGAUUUGCAAAAAUACAAAAUCAGUGCCUAGUGGAUGUUCUAUAGUAAUAAAAAACAAUUAAAAUAAAAGAUGUUCAUUGGAAUUCCUUUAUGGAAAAACGAGCUAUUCAAAACUCAAUGCCUAAAGUGGAAUGCAAUAAUGUGCUUUAAAUAUGAAUAAAACAAUCAAAGUUUUUAUUGCUUUAUUCUGUAUGAUGGUGUAAAUAUUUUGUUCUUGUCACUUUAGUUUUCACAUACUGUAUAAAACAUGACUAGUCAAAGCCUUUUGAGACUGAAUACUGUAAAUGAUCACUGUUAAACCUGCCAUUGAGAUAUGAGGAAAUUGUAUACCACCUGUUCAGUUUCACAUUCUGUUGUUGUACCAAAGCCACACCGUUGACUUGGAGGGAAAACUCAGGAUUCUUUUUUUUUAACCAGCACUUAAGAAAAAUUAUUCAGGUAAGCUGUUUUUGUGUUUCGUUUUUUCUUCACAACCUAAAUAAAGAAGUUCACUUUUCAUACAGUUGUCUUAAUAUGUUUAGAAUAUAUAGUAUUGCUGAUGAUACAUUGCACAUUAAAUAUCCAGAUGUCUGUUGUCAGAAACAGGUCAGAUAUCACAUUACCUCUGAUGUCUCCCCACAAGAUACAUCUAAAACAAAAAAGUCUAAUCUACAGUUUGGCUUCCAAGAUAAUUUGUGAUUGAUUUCUCCACACUAACCCAACCAACUAUAGUGCAUUAUCAUUGAUUGUUUAGAACAGAGGAAAUACAAGUUCCAGACACUGACUGCUUAGCCUUUGUCUUUCUUUAGAACAAUUUAGUUUUGU